AUGCCGCGGGAAAUUAUCACCCUACAAUGCGGGCAGUGCGGAAACCAGAUCGGGGUGGAAUUCUGGAAGCAGUUGUGCAACGAACACAACAUAGACAAGGAGGGAAUACUGAAAAACAAUAACUACCUGAAUGAGGACCGCAAGGACAUUUUCUUUUACCAAGCGGACGAUGAGCACUUCAUCCCAAGGGCCCUGCUCUUCGACUUGGAGCCAAGAGUUAUCAAUAGCAUUCAAGCCAGUGAAUAUCGUAACUUGUACAAUCCAGAAAAUAUGUUCAUUUCGAAGGAAGGAGGAGGAGCAGGAAAUAAUUGGGGGUGUGGAUACAGCCAAGGACACAAGGUUGAAGAAGAGAUUAUUGACAUGAUAGAUCGGGAAGUAGACAACAGUGACAACCUGGAGGGGUUCAUAUUAUCCCACUCGAUUGCAGGAGGGACUGGUAGCGGUAUGGGUAGUUACUUACUCGAACUGCUCAACGAUAAUUACUCGAAGAAGGUAAUACAGACCUUUUCUGUUUUUCCUCUCCUGACAAAUGAGAGCAGUGAUGUAGUGGUGCAGCCGUAUAACAGCAUCCUGACGUUGAAGAGACUUAUCCUCAGUACGGACAGUGUAGUGGUCAUAGAUAACACGUCGUUGAACCGAAUCUUUGUGGACCGAUUAAAGUUAAACAACCCCACCUUCCAACAAACCAAUACAAUCAUUUCAAACGUCAUGUCAGCUUCUACCACGACGUUGCGUUACCCUGGUAGUAUGAACAACGAUAUGAUAAGUCUGAUUUCUUCUCUUAUUAUAAAUCCGAAGUGCCACUUCCUUGUUACGUCGUAUACACCUAUUACCAUCGACAAGCAUCUCUCCAAUGUGCAGAAAACCACGGUGUUGGAUGUCAUGAAGAGACUACUGCACACAAAAAAUAUCAUGGUUUCGGUGCCAGUCAGGAGAGGCAUGUAUAUUUCUAUCCUUAACAUAAUCAGGGGGGAGACAGACCCCACACAGGUACAUAAAGGAUUGCAACGAAUACGAGAUAGGAAGCUAGUUAACUUUAUUAAGUGGAACCCUGCUUCCAUCCAAGUAACUUUGGCAAAACCAUCCCCCCACGUCGUCUCUACUCAUAAGGUCUCUGGACUUAUGAUGGCAAACCACACGUCCAUUUCUACCCUCUUCGAACGAUGCGUUACUCAAUUCGACAGACUAUUUAAACGAAGGGCCUUUUUAGAAAAUUACAAAAAGGAACCCAUGUUCAGCAGUGCAGACGGACAAGGCAACUUCGAAGAAAUGGAGUCCUCCAAGGAGAUCACGCAAAACUUAAUAGACGAGUAUAAGAGCGCUGAGCGGGACGACUACUUCAGCCACGCCUACCUUUGA